CGAGCAAUCGCAUAGAAUUAGGGAUUGCAUGAGAUGCGCGUAAUGGCGGCCUCGACAAAUCUAUGAGCUUGUGGAGGUCAGUCGAAUCGAUCGAUGCUUUUAUGACAGGAUCUUCACAUUUGGCGACGCUAUGUCAGUCCGUGUCUUUUGAGGACAGUAGAGGAUCAUCGUCGCCGAAAAUGGAUCGGAGAAACCUCGCAUACAGGGUCGAGGGACGUGGUGCGUCGAAAUAGACUUGCAUCAUUCCUCUCGAAAUGCCUCCGAGAAAUAGCUGUUCUACGAGCGGAAAUCUUGGCGAUGAGUCCAAUUUUGGCUUGUUCUACAGAUGCUGUUUCCGCUUCGAGCUAUCCUUUUGGAAAGAAUAUCUGAAAAUUAUUUCCGUCGACAGAAUCGUUCUGUUGAUUUACCCGAUCGCGAAGGAUGAUGGAAUUUCCGGGAUUGAUUUAUGUGUAGAGGAGAUUCUCACUGAAAGUCGUGGAAUUUGUCCGUUUGUGAGCUCAAUUGGCCAAUUUGAGGAGUUAAGGAACCUCGGGGCAGUUUGAUAAGACUGUCCUGUAGUGUGCAAGGGUGGGGGCGAGCUGAUAUGAUGUGAAGUGUCAUCUCCAUUGGACCAGCUUACGGCAUCGUGAUCCAGCACCAAGCCCUUUCGUUCGCGUGGGACAACGAUGAAAGAAAUAAGUCCAAAACGCGUUCAUGGAUCGUUAGGGUGUCGGGGCCUGGAUGCGUCGUGAGCAAGAAUGAGUUCCGAUUAUAUUCGUGCCCUCCUUUUUGUGUCCAAGUAUCUUUGGGGAAGUAAAAAUAGGAUUCAGGCCAUUGAAACCUAAUGGCCGAAUAUCGCACAUACUCUUUUUGCAGGCUCUCGUCACCACCGACGGUGCCCUUCUUCAUAUCUCCUGCGCCUAGCAGGACCCUAGAGCUCAAUCUGGAGCUCGGAGGAUGCCACAGUCCUCUCACGAGAUCCCGGACUGGCGGAUCAUGGAAGGGAAGGAGGGCCAGGCAAUGAUGAUCAACAGUAAUUGUCGACUCAAACCUCACACACUAUUCUCGGUGACAAUAGGGUUUUGUUCUGCCGAAGUGGCUCAUGAUGCUGAUGCCAUCGUCCUCCCCGCUGCCUAUCAGACACCGAAAACGGCAUGUCUCUUUGGAUUGUCUAAACCGUUUCUGAUUCUAAAUGCCCAGAUUUUGUCCUCAGUCCUCCGGGCGGACACAGUUUUAUUCCGCAUAAUAAUAUUGUCAUCUUGGGGAGGGUCGGCUGCGUGGAUACUCUUGUAGGCUCGACUGAUUUCAUCCCCAACUGCGCCCUUUCCAAGGACUUUUUCAUGAAUGCAUCAAGAAUGGGAUAUGGCUUUGUUCCCAAGACCUAACUCGACGAGCUCUAACUGCAGCUAAAAGUAUCGAGUACGGAUUUCUUUGAGUGCUCUAUUUCCUUCGAUUUCCCAGGAUCGGAAAGAGACUUCACCUUUCGUUCACUUCGGCAGUCGCGAGAAAGCCAUGGGCUUGAGUUUUAGGGCUGAUGAUGGUUCCGAUGUUGGGUGCGAGCCUUUUUCCUCGCUCCGGUCGUGGCCAAUGAUGUCUUUGAAAAGAUGGCAGAUAAUAUACGAGCGCUGAAAAGGAAAACCGAUUUUAUCUGGCAUCCAGAGAUACUACUAAAUCGUCCCCUUCCCCUUCAGAGGCUCGGAGAGUCGAGUCGAAGACUACUUUUGUCAUGAUAGUAUGGAAUCAUGACAACCCAGACAUCGCUAUUUGACGAUGGCAUGAUUCGUCCUUUCUGCAACUGCUUCUUAACUUAGUUGCAUCUCUGACACGGCGUAUUGAAUCGGCGACCGGCGCCGUAUACAUGGAAAGAUUUACACAUGCCAUGCCGAAGAUACAAUCGUGGAAUCACAAGGGGCCAUCCACACGGACUAUUGUGGUUCAGGUCAGGGCAGUGCAGGGCUGGCCAGGUCAGGGUAUGGCUAUGGCGGGCUGGAGGGCGGCGAUAGCUUGGCCCUGGAAUCUUGUUGUGUUGGGGGUGAGCUCUUUUGACAUUGCCACUCGUCGAGUCCGAGCAGCAGCAGCAGCAGCAUCAUCAGCAUCAUCAUGAUCAGUUUACUUGCUGCUGACGGCCAGCUAGAUUACGGGACAAAGUCUGCACAUCAGUUGAGAACAAGGGGCCUCUGUGCAAAGCAUUGGUGCCAAAGACAGCGCAUGCAAGGUGGAGAUAUAAGUGUGGACAAUUUUGGAAGGUAGAAAUUUCUGUAACAUGCUUUUUUCGUCGUACUGGCAUAUUUUAGACAUACACUGCAAGCAUAACCCUACGAGGUUUCCUUAACCAAGCGUCCAACUGAGGUCGAUUAGGUCCCUCAUCCACGAGCUAUGCUUAUCAUUUUGACUAUCGCGUCGAAUAUAACUCUGGACUGUGGAAAAGAUUUUAACUUCGCGCGCACACAACUGUGCCCUGGGUGAGAUUAUAGAAGGGAUACAAAAAUUCUCGAGUCUCCAGUGGUUGGAUUCUCGAAUGAUGACGCUGCUUGUUACUGGCUAGAGUUCUUGCGCUUCAAGGAAGUGGACAAUCCUGUACAGUGAGUGAGUGAGUGUACACGGCUGACUUGUGAGACCCCAGGGGUCUGGGAGUGCGAGUACAUGCUGGGAAGUGGCCGAGAGGAUAAUCUUAAAUUCGGCGGUUUGGUUCACGUUUCUUGUUGGCUCGGAGAAGAACUGGGGCUUGCACAGUGCGGAAGAAUCUCUAAGUGAGGAAGCUUACAUCAUGAUCGGUUCGACUGUUCUUUACGGUCGGCUAUGGGUUCCAUAUCAAUGCAUGAUUCCAAUGAGAUGAGAACAAAAGACAAGAACAUUCGCUGAAGAUCGUGAGUGUAUAGUACUGUAGGGGUACUUGGGAAACUCUAAGCCUCACACGUGCAUUUUGUUUGAUCAUGGACUUUGGGUUCAGAAGAAGAGGGAGACAAUGCACAAGAAAGUUUCCCACUGGAAGAGCACAAUUAACCAAGAAACAAGGCGAGGACAUCAGGAUUCAGGACUGCAAGUUUGUUUGGACCUAGCAGACACACCACCACAACAUGAUGAUUCCAUGACGUGUUGACUUAAGAAUCAGGAACAAUGCGCUGUGGAGUAAUAUAAGAAGGCUAAAUCAAAAGUUGACUGCAACAAAGAGAUGUGUCAACAGACUCGGAACCUCACGCGGUUUAGUCUCGCCCAGUGGUGGGAGUUUGUGCUGUCACAAACAUAUUAUUGUCGUUACCGGAGACAAGUCAAUGAUGAAGCCGGUCCGCUUCAAAGUCGAUAGUUUCACUUGGACCACUUUCUCACAUGCUUGGAAACUACAAUUGGUAUUAAGCAAAUUUUUAUUUUGAAAUAUUAGCACUAUUUCUACUCAUGAAGUCUGUUCUCCAUUCUGGCCUUUCAUGGCAUGUUCUUCUUAUGCAGGAAAUCCCGACGAUGAGUAGUCAGUUGAAAGUUUUUUCCUCGUAUAUUUUCUUCCGAGUUUGACCAUAUGAGUGAUGACAGAAAUUAGAAUCGACUAUAUUCUC